AUGCUCGCUGCCCUCCGGCGUGCGCCCAGUGAGCCAGCUCGCCCCCGUGCGACGGACGGGCGCGGAGGAGUGGGUGGACUCUCCAGACCUUCGGGGGCCCCAGCGGCGUCAGGCGAGCCCUUGGGGCCUGCCGCCGCUCGCGCCACGCAGUACUGGCUCGGAUCAGUCGUCCGCGGAGACGGCGCUGCAGUGAGGACGUGGCGAGCGCAGCAGCACGCGCGGGCGCUGCAGGAUCGAGUGUGCGCCGCUGGAGACGACAGACGCGGUAUGCGGGCGGCCGGGCGGUUCCUCCGCCACGUUGGCUCCGUCACGGCGCGGGAGGGCCUGCUGCGGGACUGUGCGCGGCGCGGCGAGCUGCUCUCGGCGUGGCGCUCCCUAGGGACUCUGGGGGGCGCGCUUGGCGCCGCGCAACGGAAUGCCGGCGGCGACGGCGGCGGAAACGGUGGCAAGGGACCCAUGUGGCUCGCGGGCGGGGCAGCGGCGGCGGUCUGCCUCGGCGGAGGCGUUGCGGCGGCCUCAACUCAGGAUGGUGCGUUUGAGGAGGCGGAGGUGACGCACGCGAACCCUAUGGGCCUAAUUAGUGACAACAGCAAAAGGAAGUUCUUCUUCUUCUACGAGCGACGGAUCCGGGAGUACUCCACUCCUGAGAAGGUUUUCCACUACUUUGCGUCCGGCAAGAACGACGACGGGUCGGCGUACAUGACGCCCCACGACCUGCUGACGGCGCUGACGAACGUGUUCCCGCCGUUCGACAGCAGCGCCACGCUGCGCUCAGGGGCGCUCCCGGGCGAGGCCAACGCCACCGCGUACGACAACCAGAACUUCAUGAAGCGCAUCCCCCCGCGCCUGAUGUCGAUCCUGGACGAGGACAGGGACGGGCGCAUCUCCUUCCCGGAGUUCCUGGUCUUCCAGGCGCUCCGCUCGCUGCCGCCCGCGGACCUCCGCGCGAUCUUCCUCAUGGUCGACGACGACGGCAACGGCACGAUCGAGGCCGAGGAGUUCCGGCGCGUGUUCGACGCGCUGCUGUCGGCGCGGCGCUCGGCGGGGUUCCGCACCGGCCUGCGCACGGGGGAGUCCGGGCCGGGGUACUCGACGCUGAUGCGGCACCUGUUCGGGCGCGACCUGCGCGGGCGCGUGGGCGUGGACGACUUCGUGGCGUUCAUCAAGGAGGUGGACGACAUCAUGGUGCAGCUGGAGUUCAACCACUACGACGUGGACGGGAGCGGGACCAUCUCCGGGCGGGACUUCGCGGUGGCGGUGGUGGCGAACGCGCAGGUUCGGACGGUCGAGCGCGGGCUGGCGCGCGCGGACGGCCUGGCCUCGCCCCUCGCGAGCUCGCGCGUCAGCGCCGAGGACUUCUUCGCGUGGGGGCGCGUGUGCUUCCAGCACGAGCAGCUCGUCGCAGGCAUGCGCUUCUUCCGGGAGAUCCACGGCAAGAUCAAGCGCAACGACCUCGCGCGGGGCAUCGAGCGCAUCUGCAACGUCCACCUCCCCGACCACGUCAUCGACAUUGUGUUCCACAUGAUGGACAUGGACGGGAGCGGGGACCUGGACUUCGAGGAGGUGGAGGCGCUGCUGAAGAGCCGGCUCGCGCAGUCGUACAAGAAGAUCGCACCGCGGUCCCGGGGGCUGUUCCGGGGACUGUUCGACUGA